GACGCAGUAAGCAUUUAAAUCUGUGUUUUGAAUGAGGAGACGAGUCAGUGGCCGUUGCUGUGACAUUCACUACUGGUGCUGGCGGCUGAGUGAACCGAGGUCUCGUCAGUGUCCUUCAGUACACAGGUUAGAAUGGCGGCUCUUCAGGAGAACGUGCUGGAGUUGGUCAGAUGCUUCAGGCGGCAGUGGUCUCUUGUGUGUGACUGUGAGAGGACCACUGUAUGCGGCGCUGAUGACAUGCUGCUUAUGUUGCAGUUGGCCGUGGCUGAAGUCAAUAAGAAGAAUGGCAGUGGAUAUACAGCAUCUCUCAGUGACGUCCUGCUGACAUGGAAACACUUGCUAAAAGAUAAACUUGGUCUGAUUAGUGAUGGAAGUCCACCUCUGGAGAAUUAUGAUUCCAUCAGGACAACGUAUGACAAGCUUCUGAAAAACAGCAAUUCAUUGGAUGUUAUUGAUUUAUAUACAGCAUUCUCAAAAGCCGACUCUUCUACAGGAACCAACAUCGCUUCUGACCAGUUACAGGAGUUUCUCUUUGGGCAUCAAUCAGAAGGUGCAGACCACAGUUCUGUGUCUGUCUCGACGCCAUGUAGAAAUAACAUGGAUUUUUUUAAGAUGAAAGGAGUUGUCAAGAGAAUAUUUUGUUCCUAUUUAAGCCUUUUGGUAAAUUCUAAGAAUGAUAUUGCUCUAGCCCAAGUCAUUAACUCAGAGAGAGGGCUAGACAGAGAAGCUUUCACAGACCAACAUGCAUCUAAGGAUAAGCAGAUGUCCCUGUUUUUGGUAGCUACUUCAUUCAUCAGAGCAGUGGAACUUGGUGGAAAGGGUUAUGCUCCAUCUGAAAGUGAUCCUUUAAGAAAACACAUUAAAGGUCUAUCACAGUUUGUUCACUUUAUUGACAGAUUGGAAGAGAUACUUGGAGAAACUCACAGUACAAGAAAUGCUGCAGAGCGAAUCCUUUCUGCGAUAAAGAUGCAUCUGAUAAAAGGAAGGGGCAGCGGGGAUUCUUUUAGUGAAGCUGUAAUGGAAGUGGAACAGGACUUGGAUUUGAGAAUCAAAAACCUGCUUAAUGUGUCAAGUGAGAAUGAGUGCUCUAUGGGCAUAAGCCCGGCACGGCCUAGAAUUCGUGCAAUAAACCGUGGUACAGCGAUAUGUGGUAGAGAGACCAUGAAAACACUGCUGAUGCUUUUGGAUGAAGAAGCUGCCAAUUUUCCCAGCAAAAACAAAGCAGAGCUGUUGUAUUCGGAUGAAGAGAGCACCAUAUUUGGAGCAAUUUCACUUUUAUGCCUUUUUAGAUCUCCUGAACAGCGUAGCGGAUCAUCUCCCAAACCUUUAAACCAACGUGUUCAGAAGGGCAUGGACAAAAACAAACCCAAGCUGAAGCAAAAUCUGAUUAAAUCUCAGUUCUCAUGCACUUAUAAAGAUGAUGCCGCAACCCAAAUCAAGCCAUUUGCUUUCCCUAGUAUGAGUCAAGUUCCAAGCUGUAUUCACCCAGCACCAAAGAUUGUUCCAGUUCUCUGCUUUAAUGAGGAUGAUGUACCAACUGGUGAUGUGUUAAAAGUAAAAACUGGAUUAGAGGUAAAUUCAGGAAAUCGGGACCUCAGUGUUGGGAAAUCAAAGUCCACUAAGGACCCUGUACGGAAAAGUACAAAAAGAAAGCAGUUUGACGAUGGUGAAAAUCAACAGAUCCUUGACAAUGAACACCCACAAAAGAGAACCAUGCUGUCAACUAAACCAAAGGAGAAGGCAAGCACAGCUAGAAAGAACAGCAAAUCUGCUGCAAAAAAACAGAUAGUUGGUCAAGCUAAGCUUACCAGCUUUUUCCGUGUGUAGUUUCUGUUGAAAAUUCUGUAUAAAUUCUGUUUUGUAACUUAGAAAUAUGAUGUUUUAUAUAAGACAUGGUUAUUGGAUGUUAUUUAUUUGCUUCUUUGGUUUCCCUUUUUUUAUUUUAAA